AUGCCCAUAAACCCUCCCGCCGAGGCCUCAACUUUUACCAUAGACCUCUCCAACCGCCACAUUAUCUACGACUACGACACGCACGACCGCGACGGCAACCCGGACAAAUGGCGCUACGAGAUAUGGUUUUAUAACGCCGACCGCGUGAUCUACGUCAUCCAUGGCGGGCCCAUGGCCGGCCGCAAAAACUACCAAGAAGUAACAUACCAGUGCAUUCGUCCCGGGGAAUUAUGGCAAUGUAACUGGCUCGAGGAGACGGGGACUAUUUGUUCGCUUGUUUUUGAUAUUCCGCGCGGGUUGAUUACGACGUUGUUGGGGUUUUCGAGGGGGCAUUGGGAGGGGGAUGGGGUAGCGAAGGGGGAUAAGAGGGAGGGAAAGGAUUUGGAGAGAUGGAGGGGGUUGGCGGGGGUGGGGAGGCAGUCGGAGAGGGUUAUGUUGAGUGAGCGGGCGAGUGUUGUGGAGGAUUUUUGGGGGGCAGGGGAGUUGGAAGGGAUUGAGAUGGAUUGGCCUACGAUGUGA